UUCGUCGCGUACACAUCCCUCCUGAAUCGCGACUAUCGCGCAUAGCUACGUUUUGCGAAUCGCGUCCUACGUUUCGCGUUUAAAUCGCACAUUACCGCGAAAACAACGUGGCACAUUUGUGAUAUCGAUACACUUGUGAUUUUGUGCGAAUUUCAUUUCGAGAGGAAGCAAAGUCCGUUGGCAGUUACGAAGAGCGAAACGGAAAUUGAAAACGACGGCGCAAUCCGGUAGAGAUACCGUGAGAGAAACUGGACUUCAUUUCGCGUGUGGAAUUCGCCUUCGAGCUCUCUCGAUUACAUCGGCACGGAAUUUCUGUCCGUUUCUCUGAGAAUUAUCUUCCAAGAUCUGUCCGUUCGGUGGAAGCAUCCAGCACGAUUAUCGAAGAUUUUACUAAAGAGAGAAGAAAGAGAUACACUCUGGACAAAUUACUUUCUUCCAAAGUAUUAUUUGCAAGCUGAUUUUCAUCCUUCGAACGUUUUGAAGGUAACGUUGUAUGUUAGCAGCGAUAAUAUAAUCACUCGAUACGGAUUUACUGCGAAGCAGCGAUUUAUUUUGCGGUAAAAUAAAAAGCAGGAGUUCCGAGUGUACUAUCGAUAAAUCACCCUCAUCGAUUUAGGAUGGAUAUCUGGAGGAAGCGACACUCGUAGAACUUCCGAUAUUGGUGCUGUGCCCUUUCAAGCGUGCACUAUUCCAAUUUUUGUUGGAAAUCGUGGGAGAAACUGGAAUCGGUGGAAUAUUGCGAGAGAUCAAGCACGAUGCGCUGAAGAAGCAUCGAUCAUCGCGGGCCAAAAGCGGGGUGGCCUAGGCGCGCUGGAUGUUCAAUUAAAUCGUUUCAGUAUCGAAAGCGGGAUAGACGAGCAGAUAGUGUGAUAGGAACGAGCAUAAGUCGAGAGAGUGAAAGAGAAAGAUAGCUGGAACGGAUUCGGUUAAAUUGGAGCGACAAAUAUCGCGAUGCUGCUGCAGAAGAGUGCUUUGUCAUCUUAAAAAAAUAUUACAAGUACCGUGAGAAAAGGAUCGAUUUAAUCUCGAUCAAUUUAAAAAGAAAACAUAAUUAAAAAGAAAUAAUGUUUAUGCUAUAAAAAACAUAAAGAGUGUGUCGAAUAUUCGUGAAAAAAGAAUUUCCUUAAAGCGUCACAUGGUCCAUAAUAACGUUCAAUAGAUGUAACUGAGUUACUUGCGCGGAGAAUUAACGUCAUCAGAGCGAUAUAAACGAUAUAUAAAAGUGGGAAUUUUAACAUCUGCGCGCAAGGGCUACUAUAUUAAUCGCCUGUCGUAAUUGGGGUUUGUAGGGAUCGCGCUUAAUUAGUUCGGGGUCUCUAACGGGUGAACGAUGAAGUGGUGCGUGCUAGUGUUGGUAUUCGCCGGUCUGACUAGAGGCGAUAACACCAUCGGCGCAGACAAGAUCUUGCACUGCCCAGAGCUCAAUGCUCAAGAUGAGAUAGAUCUCGACAAGAUAAUGGGCAAGUGGUACGUCGUGGAAGUACUAGAACAUAGACCAGACCUUACGAAAAAAACGAGCCCAACAUACGUUGUUGAUUCGUGUCCAAUCGUAAAGUUGAAGCCACUAGAGUUCACUUCUUUGAAAUUAUUAUGGAACGAGGAGGCUGGAAAUUUGGAGUACACCUUUCGAAUACCAGAUAUUGCCAAAAGAAAAGGUUACUGGCAAACUAUGAGUCCACAAAACGGUACCUUGACGGAGAAGCAGUACAAGCAAUUCAGCGGCAAUGUGCACGUAAUGAAGGCCGUCGCCUCGGACAUGGUGUUGACUUUCUGCUCCCGUCAUCCUGACAGUCAGCUUUACUCGCUGCUAUUGUCGCGCAAGCACAUCCUACAGAAGAGCGACAAACGAGGCGUACACAAUCUGUUGGGCCGCCGCAACCUGAAGAUCAUCAGCAUUCGGGAGACCUGUAUGAAGGGUGGCUCCGGAUCCAGAAGGGGUGCGCUCGAUCUCGUCACUUGGGCGACCCUCGUCGGCCUCCUCUCGUCGAGCUUCCUCUUUAGGUCCUGGCAGUAGUGAAUUAGGUAGACGGUCGAUAUCGAGAACCUUAGCGCACGAUCGCCAGCCAAGCUCGAGUGUCUCUCUCUCUGUCUCGAUUAAUUAACACGAUUAUUAACACUUUGGAUGCUGCGCGCGAAUAAUCUCAAACAUCGCAGGAAAUUCACCGUGAUUCCGCUCGAUGUACGUUCAAGUUAAUUAUAAAAUGUUCGCGAGCUGAAUUAAACAUUCAGCGUAUUAUUAUUUUGCGUGAUAAUUUUCAUGUUGUACUAUAGUAUUUUGCAUCAUUUCAAUUCUCUUAUGAAAUAAUUUUUAAUUAAUUCUCUUCCCUUUCAUCGUUUCUCUUUUAGAAAA